AUGUAUGACAUACUUAGACCUGAACUAAUAUGGAUUGAAGGGCGAUGUUACAGAGUUAAUGAUACAAAUACGGAGAUUUCUGCCUUUCAAGAACAUGAUUUAUAUGAAAAUGAAAUGGCUUUUCAAGAUGUAGGCGACGAUGACAUAGAUGACAGAUUUGAAAUUGUUGAAAUUGAUAAUAGGUUCUACACAAGCUUUCAUGUUUCUAAGCAUUAUUUUGGAUCUAUUAUAGGGAAAAAAGGAAUUAUGAAAAGUAGAAUUGAGAAAGAUACCAAAACAAAUAUCAAAAUUCCUAAGCAAGGCGAAGCAGGAGACAUUGCCAUAUUUGGUCCAAGUGCAUUAAAUGUGAAAGCAGCUUGUAGAAGGAUUAAUAUAAUUGUAAUGUCUGCAAGAAUGAAGCAAAAACCUACUCACUUUCUUUCAAUUCCUUUAAAUCACUCAAGUAUUAUAGAAAGAUUUGAAAAUUUUAAGCAAAAUGUUCUUCAAGAAUGUUCAACUAAGGGCAUUGAUGAAUCAUUAUUUAUUCGGUCCUGCAAAUUGCAUCUCACUAUUGGAGUUAUGUGCCUGAUGGAUAAUGAAGAAAGGUUACAUGCAUCUAAGCUUUUAAGUGAAGCAAAGGAAAAUAUUUUAAUGCCUGUACUGAAAGAUUACUUACCCUUGAAAAUAAGAUUAAAAGGUCUAUCAUAUAUGAAUGAUGAUCCAAAAAGUAUUGAUGUAUUGUAUUCUUGUGUAGAAGAUGAUGGUCCUUCUGGUAUGAUUCAAAAGAUUACUGAUGGUUUAGUGGAUCACUUUUAUAAAGCAGGUUUUAUGGAUAGAGAAUUUGGUCGAGAUAAUGUUAAACUACAUGUUACUUUAAUGAAUUCAAAGUAUAGAAAUAAAUCUUCCUUGGACACUGAUGAUGACAGAACUUCGAACAAAAGAAGCAUAAGAGAGACUUUUGAUGGUUCUGAUAUUUUAAGUAAAUUUUCUAACUAUGACUUCGGCGUAACAGAAAUUAAUAACAUACAUCUUUCUCAAAGGAAGACAAUGGGCUCUGAUGGAUACUACCAACCUACUUUUGUUAUUUCUCUGAACGAAUAA